AUGGCUGCACCUGUGCCUGCGCCACCCGCUCUUGGUGAUGCGAAUGCGAAUGCCCUUGUGCACGCUGUCCCUGCGGGCAUGGGGCCUGCUGCGGUGGGAGCCGCGCUGAAAAAGAGGAAGAUUGUGGAAACUCUGGAAAGUGCCGGCCGUACAGCCCUACAUGAGCUUGGGGAAUAUCGCACGCAUGAGCAUAGAGUUGCAGCGCUGCAUGAUGCCGGUGGAGCUGUAGCCGGUGCUGCUGCAGGUGGAGGGGCAGCGGCUGGUGCACCUCCAUGGUUUGCGGCUGCUAUGGCCACUCUGCUGGCUCGCCUGGACGCGGCUGACGCGCGUUCGCGAAAUGCAGGCUGCCGGCGCAAUGGUGAUGCCAUCGUUCCUCUACCGUCAACAGUGGUACUCGGAGCUGCCGUCCCAGCAGCCUUUCCGGCAAACCUGGGCGCCUUACGCAGGCUGAACAAUGCCCAACUCACAGCACUGGAGAACUUCUAUGGGCUUCUUGGAGCGGGCACUCAGAGAACUCGCAAGCAAGCUUUAGGACUCCACCUGACGGGCAUUCGCGAUCUUGCCUGA